AGCCUGAAGAGGAAAUGAGCGAAAUAUUAUUAAUGGCUGAAAAACCAGAAGACUUCCCAUUUGACGCUCAGCAUAUUGCGACAGAGACACAAAAAGAUAAAACACUGUCUCAAAUAAUUCAUUAUGUCCUACGAGGGUGGCCUACAAGAGUAAGGGAGCCAGAGCUACAUACCUACUGGCUACAUCGCUCUGAAUUAUCAUUACAAGAUGGCUGUCUUUUGCUAGGUAAUCGCGUAGUGGUACCGCCACCUUUGCGUGAAGCUACGUUACGAGCAUUGCAUAAGAUGCAUAGUGGAAUUGUGCAGACCAAAGCACUAGCAAGAAGUUACGUUUGGUGGCCAUAUUUAAAUGAAAAUAUAGAGGCACUAGUGAGUCAAUGCAACAAAUGUCUGGAACAUCGGCAUAUGCCACCUAGAACACAGCACGAAUGGAUAACACCUACUAGACCUUGGUCCAGGAUUCACAUAGACUUCGCUGGCCCUUUUCAGAACAAAAAUUUUUUGAUCAUCGUGGACGCGUACUCAAGAUGGCCUGAAGUAUUUAUCGUUAACAAUAUGACCUCGGCGACGGUCAUCCGACACCUACGAACAGUCUUCGCGACACAUGGUCUGUGUGAGAUAUUGGUGUCUGACAAUGGUACAGCUUUUGUGUCUGAAGAAAUGAGGCAGUUUUUAGACUCCAACAAAAUAAGACACAUUACCACAGCACCAUAUCACCCUGCUACCAACGGAUUGGCUGAAAGGAUGGUCCAGACUGUAAAAGAUAAAAUACGUAAAAUGGAUUACCUAACAUGGGAUGUGAAGAUACCCAAUAUGCUACUAGGUCUCAGAGCAACACCUUGUGCUGGAACACAAAAGAGUCCUGCAGAGCUCUUGAUGAAUCGGAGGAUACGUACCUUACUGGAUACCCUACAUCCAGACCAUAUACAACGAAGAAGAACCGAUAAACAAAUACAUGUCAAUUGUCAGAGACGGAACAGAGAGACUAAUGUUGGUUGUAAAAUAAGAUACCGAAACUAUGCCUCUGGUCCAAACUGGUUACCUGGAGUUAUAGUGGAGAAAACGGGUCCAUCCAGUUAUAAAGUGCAGACAGAAGGUGGGCUUAUCAUCGACAGGCAUAUUGAUCAAAUUAUAAAAAUCACAUCACAUGAUAAGGACUCAUCUCAUGAUACGGAUGGAGGGAGAGAUUCUAAUAUCUCGAGAAACGAUGAGUCGCCAGAUAUUAUAGAAAUUCCUAGUGAAGAAUCUUGGGCUGAGAUGUUAGGAAUACCAAAAAAUUAAAUUGUUAUUUUGAUUUAUAUUUAUUGAAUGCUGCUUACAUUGUAUUGUUUAGAAAAUUACUUUUUUGGGUUCAAUAUUAUUGAUGAUGUGAA